GGGCUCCAAACUGCAUAUUUGUUUUCAUCCGAUAUCAAAGUGCACAAUCUUCCACCCAACCACUCAUACCUAUUACAGUUUGCCACAUGAACCACGUCUAGUAUCUCGGUCUCCCGAAUAUGGCUGAGGAACCCUCGUCGACCUUCUCCCUUGCCGGCAAAGGCCUCAAAAUCGACAGCAAAGAAGAUCUUGAGAAACACAUCGACCUACUCACAUCGUCCUCCUCGGUCACCCAUAUCGAUCUCUCUGGAAAUACGUUAGGCGUGUCCGCAUGCGCCGCGCUCGCACCGAUCUUGGCCUCAAAGUCGACUCUCCAAAGCGCCGACCUCCACGACAUUUUCACCUCGCGUCUCCUUGAUGAGAUCCCCCCAGCAUUAUCGUCCCUUCUCACUGCCUUGCUCGAGUGCCCCAACCUCCACACGAUAGACCUGAGCGACAAUGCGUUCGGGCUCAACACGAAGGAUCCUCUCGUCGAUUUCCUGUCCAAACACACCCCGCUAAAACACCUGGUCUUAAAUAACAAUGGCAUGGGUCCCGAGGCGGGCACGGCGAUUGCCGAAGCACUCAUCAAGCUUGCAGAGAGAAAAGAGGCGGCUAGGAAAGAAGGGAAGAACGUGCCACACCUGGAAAGCAUUGUAUGUGGUCGCAAUAGGUUGGAGAACGGAAGCAUGCCCGCCUGGGCGAGGGCUUACGAGGCACACAAGGCCGGAAUUAAAAGCGUGAAGAUGACCCAAAAUGGUAUCCGACCAGAGGGCAUCUCCCACCUGAUAUCUUCUGGCCUAUCGAAAUGCGAAAAUCUCGAGGUGCUAGACAUGCAAGACAACACGUUCACACUGAAGGGUGCGCAGGCGCUCGCGAGAGCGCUGAAUGGCUGGUCCAAUCUCAAAGAACUAGGUGUUGGUGACGACCUGCUGGGCGCUCGUGGUGCGAUCAAAGUUUUCGAGUCGUUCUCCGGGGGCGGUAACGAGAGUGUGGAGAUCCUCAGAUUACAGUACAAUGAUAUCACCCCAGCGGGCGUGAAGUCACUGCUAAGAGCUGCAAAACACGAUCUGCCCAGGUUACGACGGGUGGAAUUGAACGGGAACAAGUUUGAGGAGGAGGACCCCUCAAUCGAAGAGUUGGCUGCACUGUUGAGCGACAGAAAAGAUGAGCUGGGCAAGGACGAGGACCCAGAGGGCCAUUGGGGACUGGACGACUUGGAUGAACUGGAAGGAGAAGAGGAGGAGGAGGAGGAAGAAGCCGAAGAGGAGGAAGAGGAGGAGGAAGAGCUAGCAGAGAGAAUCCUCCAGGAGGCUGAGGAGGCCGAGGAGGAGAAGGUUGCAGAGGAGAAGGAUAAAGAAGUCGAUGAAUUGGCCAAAGCCCUGGAAAAGACGCAUGUAUGAACGACAAUCGACGCCGGAUUAGAGUCGCAGCGCAUAUUUGGGUGUGGUUCGAGACAUCAGGAAUUCUUUUAUUUUGGCGGACAGAGCGAACAGAGCAUAGCACAACACGAUACCCCGAUAGACAACAAGUCACAAUCUUGAACAAGCCGUACAUUUUUCGUCCGCUC